CCCGCACAGGCUCGGCUCGGCCCUGCACUCGGAGCUCCGCGCUGCGGCUCUUAACCUGAUUAAAUCCGCAGAUGACUCGCGCUGUGACUGCGGCCAUGUGCCAAUCAGCUGAUGCGCCACAGCCGCCUCUAUUUAACUGCUGCUCGGCUCAGCCCACACGUCCAGCCUGCUGCUGCCCCGACGCGCACACGGCACCAUGGCUCCGUUGGAGAAGGUCCAGCUGCACUGCAAGCCGUUCAAACAGCGGAAGAGCUUCGCUACCAGGAAGCAAGAGGUGGCGGGGAUCAGGUCCAAGUUCCCCAACAAAAUCCCGGUGAUCAUCGAGCGCUACGACAGGGAGAAGUUUCUGCCUCCGCUGGACAAGACCAAGUUCCUGGUGCCGCACGAGCUCACCAUGACUCAGUUUGUCACCAUCAUCAGGAACAGGAUGGCUCUGCUGCCCUCGCAGGCCUUCUACCUGCUCAUCAACAACAGCGGCCUGGCCGGCAUGUCGCUCACCAUGGCUCAGGUGUACAAAGACCACCAGGACGAGGACGGCUUCCUGUACAUGACGUACGCCUCGCAGGAGAUGUUCGGACACUGAAAACGUUCGCUUUUAUUCUCUCAAAGGCUGUCGGCCUCCGAACGCGCUGUAAAUAGAAAAUAUUUUGUACAUAUUCUAAUAUUUGUCGUACAUGUUUGGAUUUGUGUAACAUGAGUUUUAAAAUAAAAUGUGGACCCAAUAAAUCUUAA